AUGGAUGAAUAUAUAACAGUAACAAUCGCUUAUACUCUCAAUAGUCGAAUCGCGAUUUGAUCAAAGCUAUAGAUUGUAUUCCAGUCCCAGAUAUUACAGUAUCUUCGCUAUCUUAACAAUCAGCAAGAUAGACCAAAAAAGAGAGUUCCUUAACAAAAGAUUAAGUCAUGAAAAUCUUGAAAAAGACCCAAAACCAAGAAUAAACUGCUAUCUAACCAAGAGCAAAUUUAUACCUGAAUGCUUUUAAUUAAUUUGAUCCUCAAGAAAUCAUAAAUAAAGAGAAGAUUAAUAAGAAUACAUAAUAAAAGAAUCUACUUCAUUAAAUUUCUUAAUUAUAAUAGUAAGUUGAACAUUAAAGAUAGGAAAUCGAAUCUUAAAUAAAUUAAAUAGCACUUUUAAAUAAACAGACAAACCAUUUAACAAAUGAAAUUUAGGAAAAGAAUCUCUAAUUAUAAAUGAAUGCUUAAACUAUUUAAUAAUUACAUACAAUUAAUAUUCAAUAACAAUAGAUUAUAGAAAAUUUGUCACUAGAAAACGAGUAUAAAAAAAAAUUCAAUAAAUUAUGUCAUUAAAAAGAGUCAGAAUCUAUUACUGAAUUAAAAUCCAAAAUAUAAAAUCUUGAAUCUGAAAUCAAUAAAACUAGAGCUACAUUCACUUUAUUUUCUCCAAAGAAUGAAACAUUUUAAUCUGAUUCUUAAUCUUUAAAAAAUAAAACAUUUGAUCCUGAAUUAUUAAGUGAAGAUGAAACAUUGACUAUGUUAUUAACUUUACUUAAUAGAGUAUCAAAAAGUUUUAGGAUGACAGCAAUCUUACAAAAAAAUGCAGAUUUUAAAAAAUUAAUUAAAUUCAAAAGAAACUAACCAAGUCUUAAUAGAUUAUCUAUAGCUUAAAAUAAUAAAUCUGUGGAACGUCAGUCAUCCUGUAAUUAAGAAUAUUUUAACAAAUUGAUAAAAAAUUAAGGAAUAAAAUUUAAUUGA